AUGGCGACCGCAACUUCAACCCCGGUCGGGCAAAGAAUAACCACUCGCGCCACGGCCGGUAGCACUCCAUUGAGCCCCACGAGGAUAUCCAGGUUGCAAGAGAAGGAAGAGUUGAAAAACCUGAAUGAUCGUUUAGCCGUUUAUAUUGACAAAGUUCGGAGUCUCGAGUCCGAAAACAGCGUCCUUCAACUCCAGAUUUCCGAGAAGGAAGAAGUCAGGAGCCGGGAGCUCACAGGUUUGAAAUCACUGUAUGAAACGGAGCUCGCUGACGCCAGAAGGUCUCUAGAUGACACUGCCAAAGAACGCGCCAGGCUGCAGAUCGAAUUGGGCAAGAUCAAACCCGAGCAUGAGCAGCUACUCCAAACCUAUGCUAAGAAGGAUGCAGACUUGGCUGGAGCUCAAGCCCGGGUGAGGGACUUGGAGGCUCUGCUGAACACUAAAGAAGCCCUGCUGGCCACUGCCGUGUCAGAGAAGAAAGGACUGGAGGCUACACUGGCUGACCUACAGGCACAGAUCCAGGAGCUGGAAGCUGGUCUGGCUUCUGCCAAGAAACAGUUGGGAGAUGAGUCGCUCCUAAGGGUGGACCUGGAGAACCGCUGCCAGAGCCUGACGGAGGAGCUGGCGUUCCGCAGGAACAUGUUUGAGGAGGAGAUCAAGGAUACGCGGCGCAGACAUGAGACCAGGCUGGUGGAGAUCGACUCGGGCAAACAGGUUGAAUAUGAGUCCAAACUGGCUCUGGCACUGGCUGAGAUGAGACAGCAGCAUGAAGAGCAAGUCAAACUCUAUAAGGAGGAGAUGGAGCAGACGUACAUGGCCAAGCUGGAGAACGUGCGCCUGUCAUCAGAGAUGAACAGUUCCUCAGCCAGCAUGGCUCGUGAGGAGCUGAGGGAGUCAGCUCUGCGGGUGGAGAGUCUGUCAGCUCAGCUGGCCAGCCUACAGAAAGAGGCUCGUAGCUGGCAGGACCGGAUCAGUGAACUUGAGGCCACCCUGGCUCAGGAGAGGGACACCAGUCGCAGGAUACUGGCUGAUAAGGAGAGGGAGAUCUCUGAGGUCAGAGCCAAAAUGCAGCAGCAGCUGGACGAGUAUGAGCAGCUCCUGGACGUCAAACUGGCCCUGGACAUGGAGAUCAACGCCUACCGAAAACUACUGGAGGGAGAAGAGGAGAGACUGAAACUGUCCCCUAGUCCUUCCUCUCGUGUGACCGUGUCGCGGGCAUCAUCCAGUCGCAGCGUUAGAACCACGCGUGGGAAGAGGAAGCGUGUGGAUGUCGAGGAAUCAGAGGCUAGCAGCAGUGUCAGUAUCUCCCACUCUGCCUCCGCCACUGGAAACGUGUGUAUCGACGAGGUGGACGUCGACGGCAAAUUCAUCCGCCUGCAUAACACCUCUGAACAGGAUCAGCCAAUGGGAGGUUUUGAGUUGACCAGGACCAUUGGCGACACCUCUGCCACUUACAAGUUUACCCCCAAAUAUGUCCUGAAGGCUGGACAGAAAGUCACUCUGUGGGCAUCUAACGCUGGUGUGAGCUCCAGCCCCCCCACUGACCUCAUCUGGAAAAACCAGAGCUCUUGGGGCACUGGAGAGAAUGUGAAGGUGGUCCUCACAAACCCACAGAGCGAGGAAGUGGCUGUUAGGAGCACAGUCUUUAAAACAGUCACAGAGGAAGAGCAGGGAGAAGAUGAGGAGGAGGAGGAGGAGGAUGAGGGAGUUGAAGUCAUUGAGGAGGACCUCUUUCAUCAGCAGGGUGACCCACGAGCCGCAAAGAGAGGCUGCUCCAUCAUGUGACCUGUAACACUACAGCAGUUCUCUCAGUC